GAGGAUAAAAUAAAAAAAUUAUUGAAAAUGGCAGGUCUGCAUUUAACGGACAGGAUUAUUUUUUCACAAGAAUUCAGACACUGACAAAUUAUCGUUUUUCUCCCGUGGAAACUUCAUUAUUAUGAUAAAAAUUGGAUAUACAGAUCUUUUGCCUUUAAUUUUAUUAAAUAACCUAAUGAGCAAUUUAUUUAUUUGUUGAUUAUCAAAAUCUCUAUAAAAGAUAACCUCAACCAGAUAAUAAUUCGAGUAAAUUGUUAUAAUUUUGAGCGAAAAUGAAUCGUGUGAAUCUUUUUAUUAAAAAUUUAAUGAAACAGGCAUGCCGCAAUUCUUAUUAUUCCACUCAAACAGGUAAUCCUGUUUUGGUGGAAUUUGAGGAUGGUGUGAAAAAUAUUAUUUUAUCUGAUGAAAAAACUCGUAAUGCUCUUUCAAUAGUUAUGAUGAAAAGUCUUAUAGAUAACAUAAGAAAGGAAGAACAUAAUCCAGAAUUGAGAUGUAUUGUGAUAGGAGCUAAUGGAAAAGUAUUCUCAGCAGGUCACAAUCUCAAAGAGUUGUCUAGUGAAAAAGAUAUUGAGACACACAAAGAAGUUUUCAGUUUAGCCUUUCAACUCAUGAAUGCUAUUAUAGAUUCCCCAGUACCGGUGAUAGCUAAGGUCAAUGGAGUAGCAGCCGCUGCUGGUUGUCAGCUAGUUGCCCAAUGUGAUCUAUCGAUCUGUUCAAGACAAAGUUCAUUCUUAACGCCUGGAGUAAAUUUUGGUAUUUUUUGUUCAACACCAGGCGUAGCAUUAUCCAGAAAGCUGCACCAGAGUACAACAUUGAAAAUGCUUCUAACCGGAAGAUCAAUAUCAGCAGAUGAAGCUAAAACCGCAGGACUAAUAACAGAAGUUUGCGAUGAAAAUGAACUUGAUCAAAUAGUUACUUCUUAUUGUGACGAUAUUAAAAAAAAAAGUAGGGAAGUUUUAUCACUGGGAAAAAGAUUUUAUUACGAACAGCUCAACUUGGGGAUUAAGGAGGCUUAUAGGACAGGGAGGGAUGUAAUGGUGGAAAACCUACAGUUGAGGGAUGGUAGAGAAGGGGUCGAUAGUUUUAUACAGAAAAGGAAAGCAAUUUGGAAACAUGGCAUCACUGAAAGUAUCUGAAAAUAUUAAACAUCAAAUAUAAGUUUUUCGAAUUUUAAUUUUCAGUAAGGAAAAUAAACUUUCAGAAUAAGGCGGGGAACAAUUUCGGGCAAAGCCAAUGUAAUGAAUCAAAAAUUGGGUUUUCAAACAAUUUUAUUGAAAUAAGAUUGAAAUAUACAAAAAGAAAUUAAAUCAUAA